AUGAAACAGCCGCUCGUGCCCGAGAUCGCGAUUUUCGUCCGCACCCUGGAGCUUGGCAGCUUCGCGGCCGUCGCCAAGGAGUCGGGCUUCACCUCGUCCGGCAUCUCCCGUGCGAUCUCGCGACUGGAAGACAGUCUCGGCGUGAAGCUGCUGCAUCGCUCCACCCGGCGGCUGGCGCUGACGCCCGAGGGCGAGACCUUCGCGGGCUAUGCCAGACAGGUUCUGGCUGUCGUCGAGGCCGCCGAAGCGGACGUCUCGAAGGUCAUGGGCCGUCCGCGCGGACAGCUGCGUGUCAACUGCGGCACCGCCUUCGCCCGUCACAAGCUCGCACCGCUUCUCCCGCUCUUUCUGGAGCGCAAUCCGGAGGUGACGGUCGAUAUCUCCGUCAGCGACCGGCGGAUCGACCCGGUUGCCGAACAGACCGACGUCACGGUGCGCGUCGGCGCCUUGGCGGACAGCGAUCUCAUCGCGAUCCGGCUAGGAACCGUGAAGCGGGUAAUCGCCGCCAGUCCGGGAUACCUGGCGGCCCGCGGAACGCCACGGAGCCCCCAAGAGCUGUUGAACCACGACUGCCUGCUGCUCACGGGAUUCGCCCGACAGGCACAGUGGCCGUUUUAUGAGAGCCGUCGCCGGGUCGAGGUCGCCGUCAAGGGAACCGUCACGUCGGACAGCGCCGAUGCCUUGCUGGAGGCGGCAAUCGCCGGUGUCGGGAUCAUCCGGCUCGGCGACUUCCUGGGCACAGAAGCCCUGGCAUCGGGAAAGCUGGUUCCCCUGCUCGCGGAGUCGCACGAUGAAGACCCGCAAGCGAUAACCGCCCUGGUGCCGCCAGGACGGCUGUCCAUUCCGCGCGUCCGGGCGUUUGUCGACUUUCUCAAGAACCACGCCGCGCGCGGAGAAGCCGCUCUCGAUACCAUCUUUCGCGCCCUGGCCGAUCCGACGCGCCGGGCCGUGAUCGCGAGGCUGGGGCAGGGGCCCGCCUCGGUCAGCGAACUGGCGGAACCCUUCGAGAUGGCCCUGCCGUCCUUCCUGCAGCAUCUGCGGGUGCUUGAGGAAAGCGGCCUGGUACGCUCGAAGAAGGCCGGGCGUGUGCGGACCUGCGAGAUCACGCCGGAGGAGCUGGCACGCGCCGAGAGCUGGAUGGCGGAGCAGCGGGCGCUGUGGGAAAGCCGGCUCGAUCGUCUCGACACCUACCUGCAGGGGCUGCAGCGAGUGGGUGAGACGUCGGCGGGGCUGAAAGGCGAGAGGGAGGACGCUAUGGAAGAAACAGAGCAUGCAACCGCCGCUUCGGCACGAGACGAAGCGGAGCUGCGCCGCAUUCUGGCGGACCAGGCCGAGGCGUUGCGGCGGAAGGACGUCGAGGCUCUGGUCGGACAUCACGCGCCGACGGUGCUGGUCAGCGACCUGGCGCCGCCGCUGACGCAUCGCGGCAUCGACCGGGCCGCGCUGACGGCCUGGCUGGACACCUGGAACGGCCCCAUCGCUCUCGACCAGCGGGAGCUGAGCUUCACCCUCGGCGAGUCUCUCGCCUUUGCCACCAGCCUCAACCGCAUCAGCGGCCGCAAACGGGAUGGCGAGGAUGUGGAUCUAUGGUUCCGCGCGACCGUCUGCUUCGAGAAACGCGAGGGGCGGUGGCGGGUUGUUCACGAACAUAGCUCCGUCCCCUUCUACAUGGACGGGAGCUUUCGGGCCGCCGUCGAUCUGACGCCGGCCGACGCGAUAGCGUCCAGUUUGGCGACGUCCGAUCUCGCGGAGCAGAGGCCGGCGCCGGAAAGCCCGGCGUCCCUGAACGCCGAAACCGAUCUGGUGGUCACGCGGCUUCUGGCGGCACCGCCGGCUCUGGUCUGGCGUGCCUGGACCGAGCCCGAGCGGGUCACGGCCUGGUGGGGGCCGCAGGGCUGCACGGUCAGCGACUGCGAGAUCGAGCUGCGGGUGGGCGGCAUCUUUCGCCUCAAGCUGCUGACGCCCGACGGGACGAUCCACCCUUGCGAGGGGAUCUUCCGCGAGGUCGAAGCACCCAAGCGUCUGGUGCUGGAGGGCAUGGCGACGACAGGCGCGGCCGGCGACGGCAGCGCUUGCGGCGCCGGUUUGCCGCCGGGCGCCGUCGUCACCCUUCUGCUCCAAGCGGCGGGAGACCAGACCCGGCUGACCUUGCAUACGCGCUUCCCGAGCGCGGCCGCCCGGCGGGCCGCCGAGGCGAGAGAUUGCACGAUGACCUAUGUGGACGGUUUCGUGCUCGCCGUGCCAACGGCGAAGCGCGCGGACUACGAGAGGGUCGCGGAGGCUGCAGCGGUCGUGUUCAAGGAGCACGGUGCGCUGAGCCUGGUGGAAUGCUGGGGCGACGACGUUCCCGAUGGCAAGGUCACCUCUUUUCCCAUGGCCGUGAAGUGCAGGGACGACGAAACGGUGGUCUUCGCCUGGAUCACUUGGCCCUCGCGCGAGGCACGCGAUGCCGGCAACGAGAAGGUGAUGGCCGACCCGCGCCUGCAGUGCGCGAUGAGCGACAUGCCCUUCGACGGGAAGCGGAUGAUCUUCGGCGGCUUCCAAACCAUCGUCGAGAUGAGCGUGCGAUCCACGUCGCAGGCGGAAGCGAAGCGCUUCUACCUGGCGCCCUCGGUGAUCAGCUCGCUGACGCCGAUGGCGCUCCAGGCCGGCCGCCGCGAGAUGCGCCUGCAGAAAGUCGAAAGCGUCGCGGAACUGGGCUUCCGGCUCCGCCGCCAGCGAGCCGUCGGGGCGCGUGCCGGUGACGCCGGAGAAAAACAGGAAGUCGCCGGUGUCGAGCACAGGCGCCCGCCGCGCUCCUCUGGCCGUCAACAGUAUGGAUCUUGGACGAUGACCUCUGCCGUUUCCCUCUGCAACCUGGCGCUGACGCGGAUCGGGGCGCAGACCAUCAACGACCUGAACGAAGCCUCCUCGGCCGCGCGGCACUGCAGCGCGCUCUACGCCCCGACCCGCGACGCCCUGCUGCAGUCCCAGGCCUGGCGCUUCGCCCGCGCCCGGCAGGUGCUGGCCGAACUGACCCUCGAGCCGGGCGAGCGGUCCAAAGAGUGGGCGCACGUCUACGCGCUGCCGGUCGACUGCCUGACGCCGCUCUACAUCGAACCCUCGGGCCGCGCGCUCACGGCUGCCCGGGGGGACGCGUUGCUCUGGCCGAGCGAGGCGGUGACGCCGCCGGUGACCUUGCGACCGGCGCAAGCGACGCCGGACUUCGAGGUGCGGACCGGGCGCCGCAUCCUCAGCGACCAGCCCGAGGCGGCGCUGAUCUACACCGCCCGCAUCGACGACCCGACACGCUUCGAUCCGCUGUUCGUCGAAGCCCUCUCCUGGCGUUUGGCCGCCGAUCUCGCCUCCGCGCUGAAGGGCGACGUGCGCCGCCGGCAGGAGGCCUUGCGCGAAGCCUUGACCGCUACCAACGCCGCCCGGGCCGCCGAUGCCGCCGCGGCAACGAUCCGGGACGAUCACGACGCGGCCUGGAUCCGCGGCGACCUUCGGCGCGGCCUGCCGCCAGUCCUUGUCCGGAGACCGGAAGUCCAGAUAGCCGAGCAGCGCGCCGAGCGCGAUCUGCGCAAGAUCGACCGGCUCGCGCAGAGCCUCCGCGUGGUCCUCGAACCAUUUGAGACCGCUGUCGAUCUUGUCCCAUUGAUCGUCGAUCCAGACGGACCAGCGCUGUGCCUCGGGCCGCAGCCAGGUUUCGUAUCGCAGCAGCACCGCCGACUCGCACAUGCCCUGUGCCAGGGCGUGGCCGGUCAGAACCUGCCAGCGGUGCGCGCCGUCCCGGGGAAUCAGCCGCCCGCCGCCCGCGCGGUCGUCCAGGUACUCGCAGAUCACGGUGGAAUCGUACAGCACCGCCCCGCUCUCGAUGGCGAGCGCCGGAAUGCGCCGCAGGGGGUUGGCCUCGCGCGCGUAGUCGGCGUUCGGCUUGCCCGGGACAACGGCGGUCGGAACCAGCUCGAUCUCCUUGUCCAGGCCGAGUUCAAUCGCCGCGAUCCGGACCUUGCGAACGAAGGGUGCGAGGCGGCGGCGGAAGGUGGGCCGCAGGCCGUCCGGAAGCUGACGUGCCGUCGCAACACCUAUUCACCCUGGAACGAGAUCUUCGCGGUCAUGCUGAAAGCCCUGCAACCCUCCUUCGCCGGCGGCGAGAUCGCGCCCGAUCUGUUGGCGCGGGUCGAUACCGCCAAGUGGCAGGUCGGUGUCGCCCGUGCGCUGAACGUUUUCGUACGGCCCUACGGCGGGCUCUCGACCCGGCCCGGCCUGCGAUUCGUCGCGGAGGUCAAGAACUCGGCGGCGGCAACGCGGCUGAUCCCCUUCCAGUUCAACACCGAGCAGACCUAUGCGCUGGAGUUCGGCGGCGGCUACAUCCGCUUCCACCGGGAUACCGGGCAGAUCGUGGAGGGGGAGCAAAACAUCUCUGGCGCGACGCGGACCGAUCCGGUCGUCGUCUCGGCCAACGGCCACGGCUACAGCAAUGGAGAUGAAGUCUUCGUUUCCGGCGUUCAGGGGAUGACCGAGCUGAACGGCCGAAACUUCCGAGUUGCCGCCGCGGCCGCGAACAGCUUCCGCCUGCAGGGACUCGACGGAACCGGCGUCGACGGCACGGGCUACGGCGCCUACAGCUCGGGCGGCACGGCGCAGCGGGUCUACGAGAUCGCGUCCCCCUAUGCUGCGGACGAGGUGUUCGACAUCGGCUACGUCCAGUCGAACGACGUGAUCUACCUUUGCCACAAGAACCACGCGGUCAGAAAGCUAAGCCGUACCGGGGACACGGCCUGGACCCUGACCGAGGUGACUUUCCAGCCGAGCAUCAACCGGCCGACGGGGAUCAGCGCGACCGCCCCCGCCGGUCCGGGGAGCGGCCAAACCUACCGCUAUCGGGUGUCCGCCAUCUCGGCCGACACGGGCGAAGAGUCUCUGCCGACGUCCGGCAUCGCGCAGGUCAACAACGAUCUGACGGUGGCGGGUGCCGAGAACAGAAUCACGUGGAACGCUGUGGCCGGCGCUUCGCGCUACAUCGUCUACAAGGAUGAGAACGGGGUUUACGGCUACAUCGGCGCGGCGAUCGGCACGACCUUCACCGACCGCAACAUCGACCCCGAUACCUCCGACACCCCGCAAACCGGACGCAACCCCUUCAACGCGGCGGGCAAGUAUCCCUCGGUCGCGAUGAUCCAUCAGGAGCGCCUGGGUUUCGGUCAGACGACCAACAAGCCCCAGACCGUCUGGUUCUCGUCCAGUGCGAACUUCGAGAACUUCAACGUCUCGGAGCCGACCAAGGACGACGACGCCAUCGAAAUCACGCUGGCCGCGCGGCAGGUCAACGAGAUCCGCGCCAUGACGUCCCUGGAAGAUCUCAUCAUCUUCACCUCGGGCGCCGAGUGGCGCCUGAACGCGCCGAACGACGGGGUACUGACCCCGAGCAACCGCGCCGCCCGCGCCCAGACCUAUCAUGGUGCCUCCAAGGUCCCGCCCGUUGUGAUCGGCAACACGGUGCUCUUCAUUCAGGACAAGGGCUCGGUAGUGCGCGACCUGGCCUACAGCUUCGAGAGCGACGGCUACCGCGGCAACGACCUGACGAUCUUCGCGCCGCACCUGUUCCGCAACCGCAUGCUGGUGGACUGGUGCUACGCCCAGGCGCCCUACAAGCUGGUGCAGGCUGUGCGGGACGACGGCGCCCUGCUGACCCUGGCCUACCUGCUGGAGCAUCAGGUCUGGGGCUGGUCGAGCUACGAGACGGUGGGGAAAUUCAGAUCCGUCUGCUCGAUCAGCGAAGGCAACGCGGACGCGGUCUACUGCAUCGUGGAGCGGGAGGUGAACGGCCGCAGCGUCCAGUAUGUCGAGCGCUUCGACGACCGCGAUUUCGAGACCAUCGAGGAUGCCGUCUGCGUGGACAGCGCGCUGUCCUACGAGGGCGCCCCGGUGACGGAGCUGGGCGGGCUCUGGCACCUGGAGGGCGAGACCGUCGUGGCGCUUGCGGACGGCAACGUCGUCAAGAACCUGACCGUUCGGAACGGCGGGAUCACCCUGCCCAACGCGGCCGGCAAGGCGCACGUCGGCCUGCCCUAUACCUGCGAUAUCCAGACGCUGCCGCUGGACCUCGGCAAUCUGGGAGAGAUCGGCACGGUGAUGGGCCGGCAAAAGCGCAUCGGCGCCCUGACCCUGCGGGUUCAGGAGGCGCGCGGCAUUUUCGCCGGCCCGUCCUUCGACAAGCUGGACGAAUGGAAGCAGCGCUCGACCGAGGCCUACGGGCAGGCGAUCCGUCUCUUCACCGGCGACGUGUCGAUGGACGUGCCGCCGGAGUGGAACGAUCAGGGCAUCGUCUGCAUCCGUCAGGCCGAUCCGCUGCCGCUGACCCUGCUGGCCAUCGCGCCGGACGUGGACGUCGGCGGAUCGGCGCUGGCGCCGUACCUGCGCCCGGCGGAUCGGCGCGAGGUCAUGGCCUCCCACGGGCAUCGCCCGCUGUCGGCUCUGACUCUGAGCCUGCGGCACUCCGACGUGGCCUGGGCGGGCUUGAUCGAGGGCGAGGUUCUGGCGCUCUGGGGGGCGGGUACCACGGCCUUGCUGGGGCGCCAGGGCGCACCCUGGCUGCUGGCCGGGCGCGGUCUGGAGCGCCACAAGCGCCUCUUCCUGCAGCUCAGCCGCGCGCAGCUGAUGCAGCUGCAGGAACGCUACGACUACCUGGAGAACUGGGUCGACGCGCGCAAUGCCCGCUCGAUCCGCUGGCUGCGCUGGCUCGGCUUCACCCUGGAGCCGGCGGCGCCCUACGGCCGCUUCGGCCGCCCCUUCCACCGUUUCUGGAUGAGAACCGAGACGGCUGGGAUAGCGACAUCGCCCGGCUCGGCGGGCGACGGCGCGCUGCCGGACGACCUUCGCGCAGUCGCAGCGGCCUCGGCCGCCGUGGAUGCCGGACCCGGUGACAGUCCGAGCGACGGCCCGGCGACCGAUCCGAGCGUCGCUCCGGACAGGCCGGAGGCGCCGCAAUCCGAUCCGGAGUGGGAGGCGGCGCUGGCCCGGGCGCGCUGGAUCGCGCGUUUGGGACGGCGCCGGCGGCGGCCGGACGGCACGCGGGAGGAUUGGCUGGAGCCGGCGCAGCGCGCCGAGCUGGAGCGGCGCGGGCGUGUGCGCCUGGCGUUCUACAAGGCGGCCGACGCCUUCGCCGCGCGGGAAGGCCGCGCGCCGGACAAGCCUGAACAGCGCCGGCUGCUCGCGCAAGUGCUCACCGAGGAAGAUGCGCCGCGGGGAUGGGGGCAGCGGCGCUUAGAAGAAGAGUCGGAUCGACGGGUGGUCAUGCAGGUACGCAAAUUUCUUGAUGGGGAUGAUUCGCCUGUAUUUCUGUCGCGAGAAGAAGCGCGUGAGAUCGAAUUUGUCCGAAUUGGGGAGGCGGAGAACAACCGUCGCUUUAUCGAAGACACAUUUACCGGAAAGACUAAAAAUCCAAAGAUAACGGAAUGCCUGCGCACGCUGCAGGAUGGUGAGCAGUGUAAUAUUAAGGAUCACUAUGACUAUGAGCGCAACAAACUGAAUUCACUUGGUCUCGGACUUUUCCGUUACACCCAAGAGCAGGUACCGGGAGUAGAGCGGGCCGAGGAGUUGGACGAGAUACUUUCGUUCGGUUCCCACGAAGUAAAGUCGAAGAUUGUCUUCACGGCAAGGCGGACCGGCGACGUGAUUCGAAUCAAAGGCGUCAUUACGCAUAGUGCAUCGGACAACUACAAUUUUGAGAAAGGUACGCCGGGUCAUCUGGUCGGUGCCCGUCGUUUGCAGGAGGUUGGUCGGGCCUCACCCUACACGAUUGAGAGUGUUUGGUAUCAGGAACGCAAACUUUUAGUAGUGUUCAUGCUCGGCAUCCUCGCUCUCGCGCUUGUCUCUUUCAAACCCUUCCGGCCGAAUUGCGGGCUUCCAGAUUACACCUUCGGUCCCGAGUUGAGUGUCGAUUUCUUUCAAGAGUUUUUACUGCAGAUGCAUUUCUUGCGUGAUCGAGAGGGUUACAGUUGGACAGGCAUAUUUCUGAUUAAGGACGAGCGCCUAUACCUGCUGCCUUGGGAGCGCGAUACCGCACUGACGGCGGAGGCAACUCGCUUGGCCGCUCUGAGCAUCAUCGACCAGUGGUCUCAUAGGCUGGCGGACUCGGAACGCCUGACGACACGGCAAUACUUCAAUCGGGCCGCCGCGAUAGCCUCAGGCGCAGAGGGCGAUGAAAGCCUGGGUCAUGUCUGGUGCGAAAAUCUCGAAACGAUGGUGAUCCUGGAGCUGGAUUAG